UCCGGGCGGCGCCUGCGCGGUGGGUGGGUCGGCGAGGCCUGAAGCCUGCAGCUUGAGUCAGGACCAGGAGGACCAGCAGGAGCCAGAGCCGGAGCCAUGCCCCGGGCCAAAGGCAGAGCGGCGGCGGGGUCGGUCGGCGCCGAGGGGGAGGAGUGGGUGGGCGGUGACCAGCCGCCUGCAGCCGAAGUCCUGAAAAAAGGAAAAAAAGACAAGAAGGCCAAGAAAUCGUUCUUUGAAGAGCUGGCUGCAGACGACAAGCAAGUGAAAGAAGAGGAAUCAGCCAUCAUAGAGCAGCAGCAACUAAAGAAAAAGCGUGACAAGAAAAAAGAACGGGGCAAGAAGAAAAAGGAUGAAGGUGGAGACAAUGCAGUGAUUGAUAAACUGAAUAAGCUCUCGGUGCAGGCCAGUGACAAUGAGGAGGAGGAGGAGGAGGAGGAAGAGGAAGUGAUAAAACCAACGCGAGGAAACAUAAAGAUGGGCGGCAAUGUCUUUGCAGCUCUGAGUCUUGAACAGAGUGAAGACGAUGAAGACAAUGACGGGGAGGACGGAGGAGAGAAGCAGAUGAGCAAGAAAGAGAAAAACAAGCCCGUGCCCGAGGAAGAUGACAACAAGCAAAAUAAAAAGAGCAAGAAAAUCGAACGAGAAAAAGCGAAAGAGAAAAAGGUAAUCUCAGAAGAUGAGGACGAAGAUAAGACGAGCAAGAAGGUGAAAAAAUCGGAGAAGCCAAAAGCAAGACAGAAGGCCUUCUCCGAUGACGAUGAUGAUGAGGAUGACAAGGGAACCAAAAGAGGGAAACACUCCAAAACAAAAGGAAAGCAUAAGGGCGGCAACACAGUUGCUAAGAAGCAGGCUGGCGGAGAAGGAAUGAACAAAGAAGAAUCAAAGCCUCAGGAAGGGAAAGGAAAGCCUACAAAUUCCUACGGUGCAUCGGAUGUGGAAGAUGAGGAGGAGGAAGAGGAGGAGCUGGAAGAUGGUGACGAGGACUCCAAAGGCAAAGGAAAGGUGAAGAAUGACGAUGGCGACUAUGAAGGGGAGGAGGAUGAAAAGGCAGCAAAGGACAAGGCCGCAGAUGACAAAUAUGCCAACUUAAGCAAGAAAGAAAAGAAGAAACUGAAGAAGCAGAUGGAGUUCCAACGACAAGUGGACACACUCAAAGCUUCAAACGAUGCAGAGGGCGACUUCUCUGUGUCACAAGCUGAGCAGUCCUCGCGACAGGCCAUGCUGGAGAAUGCAUCCGACAUCAAGCUGGAGAGGUUCAGCAUCUCCGCUCACGGGAAGGAACUCUUCAUCAAUGCUGACCUGUACAUUGUGGCCGGAAGGAGAUAUGGCCUGGUCGGGCCUAACGGCAAGGGUAAGACAACAAUGCUGAAGCACAUUCAGAACCGAGUGCUGAAUAUCCCUCCUAACAUCGACGUGCUCCUCUGUGAACAAGAGGUGCGGGCGGAUGACACGGUGGCCGUCGAUGCAGUGCUGAAAGCUGAUACCAAGCGGCUCAAGCUGCUGGAAGAAGAGCGGCAGCUCCAGGCUCUCCUGGAGAAGGGAGAUGACCGAGCUGGUGAGAGACUGCAGAAGGUGUACGAGGAGCUGCGGGCCAUGGGGGCCGCCGCAGCGGAGGCGAAAGCCCGUCGUAUCCUCGCUGGUUUGGGCUUCACUCCUGAGAUGCAGGGCCGUCCCACCAAGAAGUUCUCUGGAGGCUGGAGGAUGCGAGUCUCACUGGCCAGAGCCCUGUUCAUGGAGCCCACGCUACUGAUGUUGGAUGAGCCGACCAACCAUCUGGACCUCAAUGCAGUCAUCUGGCUGAAUAACUACCUGCAAACCUGGAAGAAGACGCUGCUGAUUGUCUCUCACGACCAGGGCUUCCUGGACGAUGUUUGCACGGACAUCAUCCACCUGGACAUGCAGAAACUCUUCUACUAUAGAGGCAACUACAACACCUUUAAGAAGAUGUACCUGCAGAAACAGAAGGAACAGCUGAAACUCUAUGAAAAGCAGGAAAAGAGACUUAAAGAUCUGAAGGCGGGCGGCAAGUCGACCAAACAAGCAGAAAAACAGACCAAGGAUGCACUGACUCGCAAACAGCAGAAAGGGAAGAAGAAGAACAUGGAUGAGGAGUCCAAUGAAGCGCCCGAGCUGCUGAAGAGGCCGCGGGAAUACACGGUGAAGUUUACCUUCCCAAACCCACCGCCUCUCAGCCCCCCCAUCCUGGGCCUGCACGCCGUUGAUUUUGCAUAUGAAAACCAAAAGCCAAUUUUCAAGAACCUGGACUUUGGUAUUGACAUGGAAUCCAGAAUCUGCAUUGUAGGACCCAACGGCAUUGGGAAGAGUACACUGUUGUUGCUGCUGAGUGGAAAGUUGACCCCCACCAUCGGUGAACAAAGAAAAAAUCACAGACUGAAAAUCGGCUACUUCAACCAGCAAUACGCUGACCAGCUGAAUAUGGAGGAGACGGCCACAGAGUACCUCAUGAGGAACUUCAACCUGCCCUACCAAGAUGGCAGGAAAUGUCUUGGGCGCUUUGGGAUGGAGAGCCACGCUCACACCAUCCAGAUCAGCAAGCUCUCCGGUGGUCAGAAAGCAAGAGUGGUGUUUGCAGAGCUGGCGUGUCGACAACCUGACCUCCUCAUUCUAGAUGAACCCACCAACAAUCUGGACAUCGAGUCCAUCGACGCGUUGGCUGAUGCCAUUAACCUCUACAAAGGAGCCGUCAUCAUCGUCAGCCACGACGCCAGGCUGAUCACGGAGACCAAUUGCCAGCUGUGGGUGGUGGAGGAACAAACCAUCAACCAGAUCGACGGCAACUUUGAAGAAUACAAGCGCGAGGUGCUGGAGGCGCUGGGAGAAACCAUCCACCGCAAGCAGCCGAAGGAGUGAGGCGGGCGGGCGGGCGAGGGUGAGGAAGACCAGAGACCACCCCCACAGCCGGCCACGAAACACAACUAUAACACCUAUCAAAAUCACGGACAUUACGAUGCAGAAACACACACCUGUCAAACAGCCGCCCGCCUGACAUCCGACUCGCCGAUUACAACGCCAAAACAAGGGCCGAUGUCCUGACUUUAUAAAUGUUUACUGAAGGAAGUGAGGGGGAAUAGAUGGUUUGGAUAUGUAAAUUAAAGUGCUGGGCACCAAAGUAUUCACUCACCCAUUGUAUAGAGGACGGAUGGAUUGAAUAUGUUCAAAGUCCUUCAAUAGAUACGCAAGAUGCUGGAGGAACUCAGCGGGUCAGGCAGCAUCUCUGGAGAAAGGGAAUAGGUGACGUUUCGGGUCGAGACUGAGACUCUCAGUCUGACGAGGGCUCGUGAUACAAGACAUCACCUAUUCCUUCUCUCCUGCCUGACCCGCUGAGUUACUCCAGCAUUUUGUGUCCAUUGUCAGUUUAAGCUGGCAUCUGCAGUUAUCAUCCCACAUUCUCCUUCAAAAUUGGUUCCAAAUCCUUCUUCCGGGCGCUGAUGCGUUUCCCGUGCAUCUUGAGCGGUUUUGGUUGUUUCAAACGUGGGGACUCAAUUUGAGUUUUUCCACAAGUCGGCUCCUUGCUUGCAGUGUUUUUAUUCUGAAGGCCCAUGGGCCAUUUUCCAGUCCAAGCCUCCUGCUUGGAGAACUCUCCCUUCCUGUCUGAUCUGAACCCAGCCAAGAUUUCAGAGAUAACUAUAAAAGGAGUGCUUCAGGUGCGGGCCGCAUUGUCACAGGGCGUGGGGUGCCAUAGACCCACCACGGAAGCAAUGGGAUCACCAAGAGCCCUCACCAGGCUGACACCGACAGACCAAUUCCCAGCUUGGGCCGAGCUCCUGCUGUUUCCCGUGAAACCAGCCAAGAGUGGGAUGUAUUUAGUAGCAGUCUCGUGGGUGCCAGGAUGCUGUUACAAUCACAUUCAAGUUAUCAGUCUAGAAAUGGUAGAUCACUUCCUGAUGGAAACUGAGCGCAAUUAAAUACUUCCUCAUGUUCAGCACAUUCACCAGAAGUGUCUGAGAAUUACAGGUUUACCCAUGUGAGAAAAACGUUUGUGUUUACACUGUCCAAACUGGCCCAUAGUGCAGAUGUGGACAUGUACACUGCCCAAACUGGCCCAUAGUGCAGAUGUGGACGUGUGUACACUGCCCAAACUGGCCCAUAGUGCAGAUGUGGACAUGUACACUGCCCUAGCUAGCCCAUAGUGCAGAUGUGGACAUGUACACUGCCCAAACUGGCCUAUAGUGCAGAUGUGGACAUGUACACUGCCCAAACUGGCCCAUAGUGCAGAUGUGGACAUGUACACUGCCCUAGCUAGCCCAUAGUGCAGAUGUGGACAUGUACACUGCCCAAACUGGCCCAUAGUGCAGAUGUGGACAUGUACACUGCCCUAGCUAGCCCAUAGUGCAGAUGUGGACAUGUAUACUGCCCUAGCUAGCCCAUAGUGCAGAUGUGGACAUGUAUACUGCCCAAACUGGCCCAUAGUGCAGAUGUGGAUCUAUACUGCCCAAACUGGCCUGGAGUAUAGAUGGACGCAAAAUACUGGAGUAAUUCAGCAACUCUGGACAGAAGGAAUGGGUGACUUUUCUGGUCGAGACCCUUCUUCAGACAGGUCACCCAUUCCUUCUCUCCAGAGAUGCUGCCUGUCCCGCUGAGUACCCCAGCAUUUUGGGCCUAUCCAGUAAAAACCAGCAUCAGCAGUUCCUUCGCACACACCAUGGACUUCCAGACUUUCCAAACUGGCCAGCAGUGCAGAUGUGAACAUCAGCACAGCUAAAACUGCCCUGCAAUGUAUAGAUGCUCACCCUCAUUUCCCAAACUGGUCUACAGUGCAGACGUGGAACUCAACACUGUCCAAACUGGUCUACAGUGCAGAUGUGGAUCUCUAUACUUUCCAAACUGGCCUAUAGUGCAGAUGUGGAUCUCUAUACUUUCCAAACUGGUCUACAGUGCAGAUGUGGAUCUCUAUACUUUCCAAACUGGCCUAUAGUGCAGAUGUGGAUCUCUAUACUUUCCAAACUGGCCUAUAGUGCAGAUGUGGAUCUCUAUACUGGCCCAUAGUGCAGAUGUGGACCACUAUCCUGGCCCAUGGUGCAGAUGUGGACAUCUAUACUGUCCAAACUGGCCCAUAGUGCAGAUGUGGACCUCUACACUGCCCAAACUGGCUGGCAGUGUAGAUGCAGCCACAACACACAAAGUAUUACGGACAGUGGCUGCCCUGAGUUGCUGCUCGGAUGGAGGGGUCCAUGAAGCAGAUGUUCCAAUCUCCACACUGAGCACACAAGGUGUAAGAGGUGACUAGUGAUGCCUGUUCUGGCUACCUCCGAUGUACAAUGGUGUGCAAUAAGCCCUACGUCCCAAUCAGCUGUGUCUGAAAUCUGAUUUGCAUUUGCACAGUGAACCUAUAUUUGCCACCGCUCUAGAUGAUUCUAUUUGGCACAUGAUAAGCGUGAAUGCACAGUAAACAUUUGAUUCGAUAUUCUUCCCUGGACUGCUUUUGAAUCAGGUGCCACUAAAUAAAACCGAAAUGGUAGCUGAUCAAUAAAACUCACAAAGUG